AUGGACAUGGUCGAAGCGGCCGCCGCACGAGCCUACUACGAGGCCGGUGCAUCGCUGACGGAGGCGUCGCCGGCGCUGGCAGACCCCAUCCGCCGUCCCAACUCCCGCCCCGCCAUGGUGAUCGCGCCCACCCCGGCCCUGAAUGCGGAGGGCGGGGACACCACCGAGUACUACGCCACGGACGCCGACGGCAUGGCCCACUUCCCGCACCCGCCCACAAGCUCCGGCCUCAUGAGCGCCUCCGAGGCGGAGCUGGGCGGCCCCCUCCACGGCUUGGCCCCCGGCGCCCAGACCCACGCCCACGCCCACGGCCUGCAGCGAAAGUGGCUGUUCAAGCCGGUCCUAUCCCCCGAGCAGCUGUCGCACCUGGCCGAGGCCAAGGAGCUGUCCGACUGCAUCGGCGACCCCUUCCGGUGGACCCCUGCCCCCUGCAAGCCCGACUGGCACUUCAGGAUGAAGUUCAACCUGCACGUCAUGCUCAACUCGGACAAGGAGUUCCUGGCACAGAAGUCCGCCCCCCAUCGCGACUUUUAUAACGUCCGCAAGGUCUGUUCCUGGGUGGAGGUGGUGCAGGGUGCUGGGGAUGGAGGACCGGAGAUCUUCUGUGCGGCUGAGUUGGUGGACACACACGUGCACCACUCCGCGUGCAUGCACCAGAAGCACCUGCUGCGCUUCAUGAAGGACGGCAAGUACCUGACCCUGCGCGAGGUGUUUGAGUCGCUCAACCUCACGCCCUACGACCUCAAUGUGGACAUGCUGGACGUCCACGCCGACAAGAACAUCUUCCAGCGCUUCGACCGCUUCAACCUCAAGUACAACCCCUUUGGGCAGAGCAGGCUGCGCGAGAUCUUCAUCAAGCAGGACAACCUGCUGCACGGCCGCUUCCUGGCCCAGCUGACCAAGGAGGUGUUUGUGGACUUGGAGGCCUCCAAGUACCAGCACACCGAGUACCGCAUCUCAGUGUACGGCCGCAAGCCCAACGAGUGGGACACGCUGGCCGCCUGGGUGGUGCAGAACCGGCUGGCCUCGGACAACAACAUGUGGCUCAUACAGAUCCCUCGGCUCUACAAUGUGUACAAGGAGUCGGGCAUCAUCGACAACUUUGAAGAGCUGCUGGUGAACAUCUUUGAGCCGCUGUUCGAGGUGACCAAAGAUCCCGAGUCGCACCCGCAGCUGCACCUUUUCCUGAAAGGGGUCAGCGGCUUUGAUCUGGUGGAUGAUGAGUCCAAGCCGGAGCGACGGCCCAACAAGCACAUGCCCAGCCCCGCAGCCUGGAACACAAAGUACAACCCCUCCUUCGCCUACUAUGUGUACUACAUGUAUGCCAACCUCUUUACCCUGAACAAGUUGCGAGAGGCCCGAGGGCUGAACACCUUCUCCCUGCGGCCCCAUUCCGGCGAGGCUGGGGAUGUGGACCACCUGGCAGUCACGUUCAUGGCGGCGGAGAACAUCGCGCAUGGGAUCAACCUGCGCAAGUCCCCCUCCAUGCAGUACCUGUACUACCUGGCGCAGGUGGGCCUGUGCAUGAGCCCCUUGUCCAACAACUUCAUCUUCCUGGACUACCACCGCAACCCUUUCCCAACCUUCUUCGCGCGGGGCCUGAGCGUCAGCCUCUCCACCGACGACCCGCUGCAAAUCCACCUGACAAAGGAGCCCCUGGUGGAGGAGUACUCGGUCGCUGCCCAGGUGUGGAAACUGAGCGCCACCGACCUCUGUGAGAUUGCCCGGAACUCUGUGCUGCACUCCGGCUACCCGCACCAGGUCAAGAUGCACUGGGUGCACACCAAGUACUGGAAGAUGGGACCCGAAGGCAACGACAUCCAGAAGACGAAUGUGCCUGCCCUGCGCAUGAGAUUCAGGAAGGAUUGUCAUACUGAAGAGGUCACGCUCCUGCAGUCUGGCGCAUCAGCCCAUGCCAACAGGCUGCGGGAACGCAAGCCAAAGGACUGA